CGCUAACGAAAAUUAGGGUGCUGCCGCGUCAACUGAGAUCUUUUCUUUUUUGAUUUUUCAUCAACCUUGACCAACUUCUCUAACAUUACUGCCGCGGUCGAAACUUUCAACAAUCUUGUGCAGGUGAAUAAAAUACGGUGUAUUUGCCCUGCGGGCGAAUAUCAUUCAACAGCCGACGUUCCCGACACUGAUGCCGAAUACAAACGGAAGUUCAAUAUCCUACUCAGUGGUCAAACGAUUCAGCGACCGUGUAACCUGGUUCACUUGCAAGCAUUACGGUGAAUGUAGGAUCUGUAAGGGUGAUGCCUACGAUGAAGCUGUCGAGGACGAUGAAGCCUUGGGCCAGCCAUUUAUUAAGGGCAAAUCAAGCCAGAAGACUGGUUGCAAAUGCUUGUGUGAGGCGUUCAAAGCGUUCUCAGCAGAUAAAGCAAUCAACGGUGUCAUCCUGAUGGAUUACAUACCCAUGGCAAUGCACCUCCAAAGGGACAAGUCGGUGUCAUGCCCCGUCAUCGAAUCAUUUGCCGUGGUCACCCACGAUCCCAUAAAUGAUAUGCAUGCGGCAGGUGUAUCAUUUGGUACGAAGCAAGACCCAGACACACGGCACCAAGUUAACCUUGCAGCUCCCGGAAGAGGAAGAGACCUUGCAUGUCGAAUCUCAUCAAAGCACGGAAUGCAGCAUCGAUGCGCUACUGGCGAAACCUGAUUUGAAAAACUGUGCAAAAGUGACUGGUGCCUACGACCAACCGGACGACAAGCUGUUGGAUAUAUUGAACAUGGAAUUCCAUGGGAAACCUGAAUUUCUGGGCCAGAUAUCUGCACUGUAUACCGUCUAUUUUCAUAUUUUUUCAUACCAAACAAUAAUAAAAUUAAAAAUAAACAAUGGAAAAUACUUGAUUUUUCUUUUGACUUGGCG